GGCGUUCCUCUCCGGGCUGCUCUGCGCUCCAGGCUCAGCCCCGCACACACGCACUGGCACCAUGAUCGCCGCUGCGUUCCUGGUUUUGCUGCGACCUUACAGCAUCCAAUGUGCCCUCUUCUUGCUCAUGCUCCUGCUGGGGACCAUUGCUACGAUUUUAUUCUUCUGCUGCUGGCACCGUAAGCUCCAGAAAGGGAGGCAUCCUAUCAAAUCCGUCCUUUCAGGGCGCUCAAGGAGCCGAGAUGCUGUAAUGAGAACUCAUCACUGUCGCUCCGAGGGUUUUAGACCAAGUCCUCGUCAUGCUAGAAGACGUGUAGCACCUCGCCUUGAAGAAACACAGCCUCUAGCAGAAGUACAUCACUUGAGUGAACAAGAAACUUCCAUAAGGAAAAGAAAAAUCAAGAAAAACAGCAGAGUUCAGCCGGAAUUUUACCAUUCUGUUCAAGUCACACCAACUCGAAAACCUAGCUCUGGAAACGCCUCCUACCGAUGCUCCAUGUCUUCCUCUGCGGAUUUCUCCGAUGAGGAUGAUUUCAGCCAGAAAUCUGGCUCCGUGUCUCCGGCACCGGGGGACACACUGCCUUGGAACCUGCCGAAACAUGAGAGAUCCAAGCGGAAAAUUCAAGGCGGCUCCGUGCUGGACCCAGCCGAGAGAGCAGUGCUUAGGAUAGCCGAUGAACGGGACAAAGUACAAAAGAAAACCUUCACAAAAUGGAUAAAUCAACACCUCAUGAAGGUUCGCAAGCAUGUGAAUGAUCUGUAUGAAGACUUGAGGGAUGGACAUAACUUGAUCUCCCUUUUAGAAGUCCUUUCUGGGAAUACCCUGCCAAGGGAGCGAGAUUUUUUGAAGACCUUACGGUUGCCCCGAGAGAAAGGUCGGAUGCGUUUUCACAGACUACAGAAUGUACAAAUUGCACUUGACUAUUUGAAAAAACGCCAGGUGAAACUGGUAAAUAUUAGAAAUGAUGACAUAACAGAUGGAAAUCCCAAGUUGACUUUGGGGUUAAUAUGGACCAUAAUUUUGCACUUUCAGAUAUCUGACAUCCAUGUUACUGGACAGUCAGAGGAUAUGUCUGCUAAAGAGAGGCUACUCCUGUGGACACAGCAGACAACUGAGGGUUAUGCUGGAAUCCGUUGUGAAAAUUUCACUACCUGCUGGCGAGAUGGAAAAUUAUUUAACGCCAUCAUUCAUAAAUACAGGCCGGACCUGAUAGACAUGAAUACCGUUGCUGUUCAAAGCAACCUUGCAAAUUUAGAACAUGCUUUUUAUGUAGCAGAAAAACUAGGUGUCACCAGACUUCUGGAUCCGGAAGAUGUUGAUGUCUCCGCUCCUGAUGAGAAGUCAGUAAUAACUUAUGUGUCAUCACUUUAUGAUGCAUUUCCCAAAGUACUGGAAGGCGGCGAAGGCAUCAGUGCAAAUGAUGUUGAAGUCAAGUGGGUUGAAUACCAGAAUAUGGUGAACUACCUCAUCCAGUGGAUCAGGCACCAUAUCACAAUAAUGUCUGACAGAACAUUUCCAAACAAUCCUGUAGAACUGAAGGCACUUUAUAACCAAUACUUACAGUUUAAGGAAACAGAAAUUCCACCAAAGGAGAUAGAUAAAUCAAAAAUUAAACGUCUUUAUAAACUGCUGGAGGUCUGGAUAGAAUUUGGACGCAUCAAACUCCCUCAAGGCUACCAUCCAAAUGAUAUAGAAAAAGAGUGGGGAAAACUUAUUAUUGCCAUGCUGGAAAGGGAGAAAACCCUUCGACCUGAAGUAGAGCGGUUGGAAAUGUUGCAGCAAAUUGCAAACAGAGUUCAGCGGGACAUCCUGGGCUGUGAAGACAAACUGAUACUUGCUCGGAAUGCUCUGCAGUCUGAUACCAAGCGAUUAGAAUCAGGGCUACAGUUCCAGAAUGAAGCAGAGAUAGCUGGAUAUAUACUUGAAUGUGAGAAUCUUCUGCGCCAACAAGUAAUUGAUGCCCAAAUUCUUAUUGAUGGAAAAUAUUACCAGGCAGAUCAACUGGUACAGAGGGUUGCUAAACUUCGAGAUGAUCUUAUGGCCUUAAGGACCGAAUGUUCUUCAAUAUUCAGCAAGGGGCGCACACUGACAACAGAACAGACGAAGCUGAUGAUUUCGGGAAUAACACAAAGCUUAAACUCAGGAUUUGCACCAAACUUAAACCCUGAUUUAAACUCUGGAAUGACCCAGAAUUUAACACCUUUGACUUCUUCCAGUCUGACAUCAGGCCUCUCAUCAGGUCUUACUUCAAGACUGACUCCAGCAAUCACACCAGCUUAUACACCAGGCUUUCCACCACGGAUAAUUCAAACUUAUGUAACAGGAGUUGACACCAAUGCACUGCAAACACUCAAGCUGAUGCAAAUCCGAAAGCCCCUCAUGAAAUCAGCUUUUGUUGAUCAAAAUUUAACAGAAGAAGAAGUCAACAUGAAAUUUGUCCAGGACCUCUUGAACUGGGUAGAUGAAAUGCAGGUGCAACUUGAUCGAACAGAAUGGGGGUCAGAUCUGCCAAGCGUUGAAAGCCAUUUAGAAAAUCAUAAAAAUGUCCAUAGAGCUAUAGAAGAUUUUGAAUCAAGCCUUAAAGAAGCUAAAAUCAGUGAGAUCCAAAUGACUGCCCCUCUUAAACUCAAUUAUGCAGAAAAAUUGCACAAACUGGAGAGUCAGUAUGCAAAACUCUUGAAUACAUCAAGAAAUCAAGAAAGGCACCUUGAUACCCUGCACAAUUUUGUGUCCCGUGCCACUGGAGAGCUUAUAUGGCUGAAUGAAAAAGAAGAGGAGGAGGUUGCGUAUGACUGGAGUGAAAGAAACUCCAAUAUAUCAAGAAAAAAGGAGUACCAUGCAGAUUUAAUGAGAGAACUUGAUCAAAAGGAAGAAGUUAUUAAAUCAGUUCAGGAAAUAGCAGAGCAGCUACUCCUGGAAAAUCACCCUGCAAGGCUAACUAUUGAGGCCUAUAGAGCUGCAAUGCAGACCCAGUGGAGCUGGAUUUUACAGCUGUGUCACUGUGUUGAACAACACUUGAGAGAAAAUGCUGCUUAUUUUGAGUUUUUCAAUGAUGCCAAAGAAGCCAUGGACUAUUUAAAGAAUUUAAAAGAUGCCAUACAGCGAAAGUACAGUUGUGAUAGGUCCAGCAGCCUUCAUAAACUGGAAGAUCUUGUUCAGGAGUCCAUGGAAGAAAAAGAACAACUCUUGCAGUACAAGAGCACAGUAGCUGGCCUUGUGGGGAAGGCAAAGGCAAUAAUUCAGCUGAAGCCAAGGAAUCCUGAUAGUCCACUCAAAACAUCCAUCCCAAUUAAAGCCAUCUGUGACUACAGACAAAUUGAGAUAACCAUUUACAAAGAUGAUGAAUGUGUAUUAGCGAGCAACUCCCAUCGUGCCAAAUGGAAAGUCAUUAGUCCAAGUGGUAAUGAGGCCAUGGUUCCAUCUGUGUGCUUUACAGUUCCUCCACCAAACAAAGAAGCAAUAGACACGGCAAACAGAAUUGAACAACAUUUUCAGAAUGUACUGGCCCUUUGGCAUGAAUCACAUAUAAACAUGAAGAGCGUGGUUUCCUGGCACUACUUGACAAAUGAAAUUGAAACUGUUCGAGCUGGUAAUGUUGCUUCGAUAAAGACAAUGUUGCCAGGGGAACAUCAGCAGGUUUUAAGCAAUUUACAGUCCCGCUUUGAUGAGUUUCUGGAAGACAGCCAGGACUCCAAAAUCUUUUCAGGCUCAGAUAUAGCACAUCUGGAAAGGGAGGUUAAUGUCUGCAAGCAGUACUAUCAGGAACUUCUUAAAUCUGCAGAAAGAGAGGAGCAGGAGGAAUCCAUUUACAAUCUGUAUAUCUCAGAAGUCAGAAACAUCAGACUUCUCUUGGAGAACUGUGAGGACCGUUUGAUCCGACAGAUUCGGACUCCACUGGAGAGGGAUGACCUACAUGAAAGUGUGUUUAGGAUCUCGGAACAAGAGAAGUUAAAGAAAGAGCUGGAUCGACUCAAGGAUGAUUUGGGAAUGAUUACAGAUAAAUGCGAGGAGUUUUUCAGUCAAGCUGCUGGUUCACCUUCCGUCCCCACCCUCCGUUCUGAGCUCAAUGUCAUCAUUCAGAAUAUGAAUCAAGUUUACUCCAUGUCUUCCAUUUACAUAGAAAAGUUAAAAACUGUAAAUUUGGUGCUGAAAAACACUCAAGGAGCAGAAGCGCUAGUAAAACUUUAUGAGACUAAACUGUGUGAAGAAGAAGCAGUCACUGCUGACAAGAAUAAUAUUGAGAACCUUAUGGGUACAUUAAAGCAAUGGAGGUCUGAAGUGGAUGAGAAAAGAGAGGUAUUCCAUGCCUUAGAAGAUGAACUGCAGAAAGCCAAGGCGAUCAGUGAUCAAAUGUUUAAAACGCAUAAGGAACGAGAUCUUGACUUUGACUGGCAUAAAGAGAAAGCUGAUCAGCUGUCUGAGAGAUGGCAAAAUGUUCAUUCUCAGAUUGAAAACCGGUUGCGUGACUUAGAGGGUAUCAGUAAAUCUCUGAAAUACUACAAAGAUACUUACCAUACACUGGAUACCUGGAUUCAGAAAGUGGAAGAUACUCAGCGAAAGAUUCAAGAAAACCAACCAGAAAACAGCAAAGCUUUGGCUAAACAGCUGAACCAGCAAAAGAUGCUGGUUUCUGAAAUUGAAAUGAAACAAAAUAAAAUAGAUGAAUGCCAGAAAUAUUCAGAGCAAUACUCAGCUUCAGUAAAGGAUUAUGAACUGCAGACAAUGACAUACAGGGCUAUGGUUGACUCACAACAAAAAUCCCCAGUGAAACGCCGGAGAAUGCAGAGCUCAUCUGACUUCAUUAUACAAGAGUUCAUGGAUUUACGAACACGCUAUACUGCCUUGGUGACCCUGGUGACCCAGUAUAUUAAAUUUGCUGGUGACUCUUUGAAAAGACUAGAAGAAGAGGAGAAGUCAAUGGAAGAGGAAAAGAAAGAGCAUGUUGAGAAAGCUGGGGAUUUACUGAAAUGGGUGUCAAACAUCAGCAAGACCCUCAGCAAGGGAGAAAGAGAAAAGGCUGAAAAGGCAGACUUGCCUAAGCAGCAGAUUUCCGCUGAUGAAAUAGCAACCAAGAAAGAACAAAUAUCUGAGGCUUUGCAGACUACACAGUCAUUUUUGGCUAAACACAGUGACAAAAUGAUGGAUGGAGAGAGAAAUGAAAUGGAAAAACAAGUGAAGUCCCUACAAGAAGGUUAUAACCUGUUAUCUAAUGAAGCUUUGAAACAACUGCAGGGAGCACAAAAUUUAGGUGAUGAAAAGAUGGAGGAAAAGGUGGAUAAAGUUAUUGCUGGUAUCAUUGAUCAAACAACUGGAGAAGUCCUUUCAGUCUUUCAGUCUGUUUUAAAAGGUCUAAUUGACUCUGAAACUGGCAUUAGAUUGCUUGAGAAUCAGCUGAUUUUAUCUGGGCUAAUUUCACCAGAAUUAGGAAUAUGUUUUGAUCUUGAAGAAGCAAAAGUCCAUGAACUUAUUGAUGAACAAACUCUCCUGCAACUACAAGAAUUAAAUAAUGCUAAGAAAAUUAUUUCAGAGUCAUCAGUCACAAAUCUUCCAGCUGUAGCUGCUUUAGAACAAGGUCUAAUUCCAGAGACUCUUGCCAUUAAAAUUCUUGAGAUUCAGCUUUCCAGAGGAUAUCUAGUUAUGCCAGCUACAGGGGAGCAACUCACUUUGCACAAAGCUUUCCAGAGGAACCUGGUUUCUGCAUCUUUAUUUUCAAAGCUUUUGGAAAGGCAAGACACAUGCAAAGAUCUCAUAGACCCCAACACUGCAGAAAAGGUUUCCCUGGAGGAGAUGGUUCAAAGAAGCAUAAUAAGAGAAGAAACAGGGUUAAGACUUCUACCUGUAAGACCACAAGAAAGAGGUAGAAUCACUCUAAAAUGUGGAAGGCAGAUAAGUAUUUUGAGAGCAGCCCAUGAAGGUCUCAUAGACCGUGAAACCAUGUUCAGGUUGCUGGGAGCUCAACUACUAUCUGGAGGUAUAAUCGAACCUGACUCAGGGCACAGAAUGACUGUGGAAGAAGCCAUGAGACAAGAGUUGAUUGAUCAGGACACUGCUUGUGGUAUUCUGACUCAUCAGAUUCAGACUGGUGGGAUAUUAUGUUCAAAUUCAUCCAAACGCUUAACUGUAGAUGAAGCCAUACAGUGCAGCUUAAUCUCAUCUAGCAGUGCACUCUUGGUACUAGAAGCACAGAGAGGCUUCAUUGGCCUCAUUUGGCCUCAUUCUGGUGAAAUAUUCCCCAUAUCUACUUCUUUACAUCAAGGGAUGAUAACAAAUGAACUAGCAAGCAAAAUACUAAAUGGCAGGCAGAAAAUAGCUGCAAUUUAUAUUCCUGAAACCUGUGAAGUACUCAGUCUGGAUAAUGCCGCACAGUUAGGGGUAAUAGAUGCUAAUACUGUAUCUGUUUUGAACAAUGUAAUUUUACCUGAUAAAAUGCCUAACAUGGAGGAUUUAGAGUCCUCUUGUAAAAAUGCUGCAAGAUGGUUAUCAUCUUAUGAAUUCCAGCCAUCUGCAUUUCAUGACUAUAGACAGGAACAAGAAGUUUCAGUUACAGAAGAGCCAAUGCCUCAUAGUGUAGAGCAAACUAAAAAAUUAUUCAUGUCUUAUCUGAUGAUAAAUAGUUAUAUGGAUGCAAACACAGGGCAAAGACUUUUGUUGUAUGAUGGAGACCUGGAUGAAGCUGUCGGCAUGUUGUUGGAAGGUGAUGAUUCUGCGUCCAGUGCUGAUGUGACAGAAGGAGGAUUUAGUAAUAAAUAUGUAAACUUAAAAAGAACUGAUCUGAAACAACCUGACAAUGUCAUGUUUAAUAAUGUCACAAGCAAUGUCCUGCAUGAGUAUACAGGUGUACAGAAUACUUUUACUUACAGCAACUUAAAACAGCCUGAAGAAGAUACUCAGAAUGAUAAAUGUUCAGAGAGAAAUGAUUUUCACAGUAGAGCAAAUGUCUUUAAGGCUAAUGGUUUUGAACAGUCAGAAUGUACAUUGAAUUCUUUGUUGUCUAAACCUGAAGCAGAAACUGGAAAUACAGUGGGUAGUACUCAAAACCCUGAGAAAGAGAAUGCAUUCAAAAGUUUUCAAGAAUAUCCUAAACAAAUACAGAUGGAACGGUGUGAGCAUGUGUGUCAGCAAGCAAACUCUGGAAAUGUAGAAAGGCAUCUUCCAAAAUACUCACAAGGAAAUCUUAUUUCAAGAAUAGAUCGAGACAAACCCAGCAUGCCUGAUGGAAGAGAGAUCCUGGGUAGGGAAAGCAGGACUUUUAAAACUUUAGAAAAUUCCUUGGGUGUAGAUGAUUUGUCAGUUAAUAGUGAAGUCAGUGCUGUUCAAGAAAGCAAUCCAAAGUGUGGCCCUCAUAUUUUGCAGUCUGAUGAUAAGAGUAUGUUAACUGAUAACAAUAUGAAAAAAUGUGAUGUUCAGAGAAGUCUCAAUUCAUUCAGCCACACAGAUAUUGAAAACAGACUUCUAGGAGAACUUUCUGGUAAAGAAUUAGUGAGUCAAAUUGUUUGUAAUGAGCAUAGCAUGCUACAGCCUAAAGAGAAUGAGUAUGGCAGGCCAUCCCUUCAGGACUGUACCAAUAUGCCUGAUGGACUACUUCCGGAAGACAAUAAUGAUGUGCCUCUGUUGAAAAACAAUACUGACACACGUGGCAGGUCACCACUGGGAGACAGUACUGGCAUGCAGGGCGGGCCACCCCUGGAGGACACUAGUGAUGUGCAUCAUAGGGCUCUGUUGGAAGACACUACUGAUACACCUGGGGGGGCACUGCUGGGAGACAGUACCAGCAUGCAUGGCAGGUCACUUCUGGGAAACAGUAUCAGUCUGCAUGAUGGGUUACUCCUAGGGGACAGCGAUGCUAUAUAUGGCAGGUUACUACUGGGAGAUAAUAGUAAUAAACCUGGUGAACUGCUGCUGGGAGAGAGUGAUGGCACCCCACAGUGUGAAAAUAACUAUUUGCAGCAGGUUGAUGAUGAAGAUGAUGAUGCCUAUGACACUCCUCAGGUUGAUGAUGACGAUGACGAUGCCUAUGACACUGCUCAGCUUGAUGGGUAUGAUUCCUAUGACUCCCCUCAGAUUGAUGAUGAUUACAGUACCUCUCAGCUUGAAGAUGAUGAUACCCCAGAGCCUGACAACACACCCUUAGGUGUCCAAGAAGAAAGAGACGGGCUAGUAAAUGUGAGGGAAGAACUAAACACUUUUCAAGAUGUGAGUAACACAGGAGAUAGUGUCCUGAGUGUUAAUGAAGUAAGACAGACAGAUUCAUUUGAGAUGAUAAAUAUGGCCUCAGGAAGUGCUGGAAUGUUGGAAGCCAUCUCCGAAGAGGAGACAGAAAGUGUAGGGAAGGUGGAAGGGAAGAAGCAGAUACUACCAGUCAUGAGAGAGAGUGAAGAAAGUGAGGAGAGCGGCUUUAGUCCCUUAUUGAGGCUGCAUGAAGCUGAACUGCAAGCAAAAAGUGACUCUAAUGAGGAUGAGCAUGAAGGAAUGCAGGAGGAGGAGGGAAAUUAUGAUUAUAUGGAUUAUGAUAGUGAUAGUUAUGAUGGAACUGACGAUGAUGAUGAUGAUGAAGAUGAAGAAGAAGAAGAAGGAAUAAUGGAUAUUUAUUACUCACGGUGUCAGAAUAAAAACGUUGGUAUCCAGCAUUUUGCUCCUUCCAAAGAAAUGGAAGAUAGUGAUGAAAGUAAUCAGAAUAUUGAUGCCUUGGAUGGUUAUCUUCCUUUAAAGCACAUGGCAGUUGAUAAUAUUUUGCAGUUAGAUUCCAACAGUCAAAAAAGUAAUCUAUGCUCUGAUAAAUCCAAUUUAAAAAAACAUAAAAAUGUAUCUGAUGUUUCUGAAGAAGGAAGUCUUGAUCUUACAGAUAAAACCAAAGAGGAAGGACAGCAAGAAAUUGAAAGUGCUUCUGAGGAUUUGGUAGAAAGCAAACAUAUGUUUGAAGAUAUUACUGAAAAUAUCCAACCUGAAAGCAUCAUUGGCACUGAAUGGCUGUUAUCUAACAGUGAAGAAAGUCACCUCACACAGCAUAUGACUCUAACGCCUGAUCUUGGCAUGAAUGAUACCAUGGCAACAGACCCUGCAAUAAUUCAGGAGGGAUCUGCGUUUGCAUCCCCAUCUGCUAUUGCUAAGCAAGCUGCUGCUGCAAACAUUCAGACUCAAAUAGACUUCCUCCCUUCAGAAGUUCUGUUACCAGUUCAUGUCAUAAUGAAAAACGAGAACAAUAUAGCUGUGCCAUGGUCAAAUUACGAGCAAAGACAGAACACAGAGGAAGACAUACUCGUGAAGCACAUGUCAAAUAAUGUGACUGGUGUAGAACUGCUUAAGGUAAAUUCAUCCCAAAUGGAUAAUAAAGUAGUCAGACAUGUGCCUUAUGUGAAUGACAGUGAUAGUCUAGGUUCUCUCACUGACUUAGUACACCCAGUCACAAAUAAAGAACUUGGUCAAAUAGAAAUAGGUAUUGACAUUCCUAAACAAAAUAUAAACAUGAUGACUAUUAUAAAGGAAAGUCAUAUCCAGGAAUUAAGUAAAAGUCCCAUUCAUAUGGAAAGCCUUGGAGAAAUAUUUGAUGGAUCUAUUAAAACAGGUUGUGAAAUUGCUGUUUCAAAUGAAGAAAAAGUAAGUGUUGGACAAGCCUCGAGUGAUGCUAAAUCAGGACAUUACAGUGACUUUGAUACAGUGAAAUCAGAUGAAUUUAUGGAAGAGUUUGACCUUUCUGCUUAUUUAAAACAAUGUGCAAAAGGCAUAAAAGCAAAAGAUAGUUCAGAACGGAAUAAGGCUGAUUCUUGUUACCUUAAGGAAGGUGAAACUGGUGAAAAUUAUAUACAGAAUGGAAAAGAGUUAGUGAUACCUGACUAUGUUAUUGAUAUGGGAGCAGGGCAUCCAACUGAAUUAAAUUCUAAUUCUCAAUCCUCUCCCCUGACAGUUACAGUAAAAUCAAAGGGAAUAAACGUUACUACAGAAAAUGAGGGUAUCAUCUGUCAAGAAACUGAUAAAGUUCUUAAAAACACUUCAGAAAAUGACAUGAUAGUUAGUCAUGAAUUUUCCUUUAAGAAAGCUGACACAGAAGGAAGUACUGAGAAUGUCCAGGAGUCAGAGGAAAGGGCUGAAACCAGACAUUCUGGGAACCAUAGAGGUGCAGCAGACUUUUCUUCUAGACCUUUGGAUAACAUAGGUGGUAGCUUGGAUAAUAUUGUACAGAGGAAAUGUGAAACACUGGUUUGUUAUAAUGGAGUAAAAAACAUUAUGGAACAGAAUAUUUUAGUCAACAAGACUGAUUUAAUUGAAAAUGGUGUCAGGAAAGAAAAGCCUGUAGAAUCAUUUCACAAAGAAGUGAUGCUCCCCAAAGACUUGCAAGUAGAGGAGGGUAUAUCACAUUCUCCUGAAGUAUCUGACACACUAAUUGAAGACUUAAAGAAUAUUUUAAAAAAGAAAUUGAAAGAUGGCCAUGUUUUCUGCAAGCAGGAAGGUGAACCUUUAAAUUACUCUGACACAAAAUUUUUAAUGCAAAAUUUACUUAAAAUGAUUAGUCGCACACACUUGGGGAAUGAGUCUUCCAGUGAGUCAAAUAUCAAGCAAACACAUGAUGACAUUAGCGCUACACUAAUGGCUACCCCAUCGUGCAUAGAUCAAAAGGACUAUGAUAAUCUUCAGUUAUCUUGGCCUGAUAACAGGAGUCCUGACCUCCUCCUUGAUAUAUUGAAGCAAAACCACUGCAACCAAAAGACUGAUAAUCCAUAUGAAACAACAAGUGAAGAAGCCCAGAAUGAAAGAGACCAGGAGAGAAAAGCUACAGCUCCUAAACUUAUUACUUCUCAACUUGAACAAAUCUUCCAAAUCCCACCUGGAGAUGAAAAUUCAUACAGAUUCGAGGCAUUGAUGAGUGAUUUGGCAAAAGACUUGUUUACCAUCUCACAGACUGCUAAUAUCACCACCGAUGAUGAGUGUGUAAGCAAAGCAGAGGAGCUGGGUACUCUUUUCUCAACAGAACUAACAGAAUUUGGAUCAGAAACUCUUAGAGGGAAUUCAUUGGUUCACAGCACAGCUAUUAUUUUGGAAAAUAACCAGAAGCCUGAGAAGUCAGACAGUCCAUCCAAAAGCUUUUCUGAGGAUGUUCUGCAAAUGAAAGAAGCUGCCCCAGGAGACAACCCAGUAGGCAUGAUGUUCAGUGGAGUACAGCAGUGUUUAAAGUAUACAGAGAAACUGCGAGGACAUUUGGCAAUGGUUCAGGAUAUGAAAUUCCACUUAGAUAAUGAGCAGCCUAUUAGUAACAACUUAGAAAUGCUAAAAACCCAACUUGAACAAUUAGAGUCAUUUGAAUCAGGACUGGCUGCUUUUGCUGUUGUUCUAAAAAAAGAUCUGAAGUUGACAGAAGAGUUUUUAAAGUCUCUGCACAAAGAUGGUCCCAAAGAACAACUUAAAGAGCUAAAAAUAACAUAUGAAUAUUUACAGAAGGCCUUUUUUGUGGUCUGUGAUAUGUCUUCAAAGCGUGCAAAACAAAUAGUCUUUGCUGUUGACUCUGAAAUGUCUAAGCUUUCAAUAUUGCAUCAGGAACUUCUAAGCAGACUUCAGAAGUUUUCAGACCGGAUCACAGAAAACAGUAAAACUGUGAACAACCUGACAGUGAAUACUAGUGAUAUAGAAAAUGUGAAGCAAAGCUUACAACUGCUCAAGAACAAUUCAAAAGAGCUUGGCUGUAUGAAGAUACAACUGGACUCCAUAGCAUUUGAUGUUCAGUUCUUCAUUUCUGAACAUGCCCAGGAUCUUUCUCCUAAUCAGAGCAGACAGCUGUUGAGGCUCUUAAAUAGUACUCAGAAGUGUUUUCAGGAAGUACAGGAAACAAUCACAUCUCAGAUGGAAAGUUUAGAGGGACUGUUACGGACAGCACAAGAUCUUGGUGAUCAGAAGGAUGUGGCUGAGCAGCAGCAGGAAUGCAAGGAGAAACUACAGGAAAUAUGUGAUCUCUUUACACAAACAGAAAAUCGACUCAUUGGUCACCAAGAAGCUCUUGUUAUCGGAGACAGCAAGGCUGAGUUAAAGCAAUACCAAACCAAACAAGAGGAAUUACAGAAAGAUAUGCUGGCAAGUGCACAGGCAUUGGCAGAGAUUGUGAAAAACACUGAGAUGUUCUUGAAAGAGAAUGGAGGAAAGUUGUCACAAGAAGACAAGACUAUUCUUGAACAGAAACUUAAUGAAGCUAAGACAAAAUGUUUGCUGCUUAGCCAGAAGGCAGAAGAGUCCAAAAAAGUGCUGGAUAAAGCUGUGACAACAGCUAUUAAGCAGGAAACAGAAAAGGUUGCUGCCAUAGAACAACUGGAAGAGAGUAAAAUUACGAUUGAAAAUCUCUUGGAUUGGCUGUCAAAUGUGGAUAAGGCAGCAGAGCAUGGGGAUGAGAAAUGGACGCUGGCAAUAGAACAGAAUGGAACCCAUUUUAAAGAAGGGGAUGUAAAGGCUUUGGAGGGAGAAGAGGAUGAAGUCAAUGGUAACCUGUUGGAACUUCAGCAACAGACUGAAACCCAUGUAGAUGGCAGAGUAAAACCCACAGACAGUAACCUGAACCAGCAGUAUCAGAAAGUCAAGGCUCAACAUGAGAAAAUUAUUUCUCAGCAACAGGCUGUUAUAAUAGCAACUCAGUCUGCCCAAGCGCUACUUGAGAAACAAGGCCACUACCUUUCCCCUGAAGAAAAAGAGAAGAUGCAAAGGAACAUGAAGGAACUGAAAGUCCAGUAUGAAACUGCUUUAGCUGAAUCGGAAUGGAAAAUGAAGUUAACACACUCUCUGCAGGAAGAACUUGAGAAAUUUGAUACAGACUACAGUGAGUUUGAAAGCUGGCUGCAGCAGUCAGAACAAGAACUUGAAAACCUGGAGGCCGGUGCUGCUGACUUCACUGGUAUCAUGACCAAGCUCAAAAGGCAAAAGAGUUUUUCAGAAGAUGUUAUUUCUCACAAAGGUGACUUACGGUACAUUACAAUUUCUGGACAGAGGGUGUUAGAUGCUGCUAAAUCUUGGAGUAAAAAAGAUGGUGUCAAGGUUGACAAAGAUGGUAUUGAUACUUCAGCUACUUACAUAGAGGUGCAAAGUAAACUGGAUGGUGCUUCAGAUCGUUUCAAAUCUCUUUAUACUAAGUGUGGUAUCCUUGGAAAUAACUUUAAAGACCUCGUAGAUAAAUACCAGCAUUAUGAAGAAGCCUCAUCUGGGCUUUUGUCAGGUCUCCAGACCUCUGAAGUUGCUGUGAACAAACAGCUGUCUGAGCCAAUUGCAGUAGAUCCUAAGAACCUCCAAAGGCAACUAGAAGAAACCAAGGUUCUCCAAGGGCAGGUGUCUAAUCACCAGGUUGCUGUAGAGAAACUGAAAAAAGCUGCUGAAGUGCUUUUGGAUACCAGGGGAACUUUACUACCAGACAAAGAUGAAAUCCAGAAAACACUGGAUGACAUUGUUGGCAGAUAUGACAGUUUAUCCAAGUCUGUGAAUGAACGGAAUGAGAAGCUCCAGAUAACGUUGACUCGUUCCCUAAGCGUGCAAGAUGGUUUGGAUGAAAUGCUUGACUGGAUGGGAGGUGUUGAAAAGAGCCUUGAAGAACCAGGUCAAAUGCCUUUGAAUUCUGCUGCUAUUCAGGAUAUCAUUAGUAAAAAUAUUAUGCUGGAGCAAGAUAUCGCAGGUCGCCAAAGCAGUAUAAAUGCUAUGAAUGAAAAAGUGAACAAAUUCAUAGAAACAACAGAUCCAUCCACUGCCUCCUGUCUGCAAGCUAGAAUGAAUGAGCUCUCUGUACGGUUUGCUGAAGCAAGUACCAGACACAAAGGGAAACUUGCAAAGAUGGAGGAAUUGAAGACCAAAGUGGAGUUGUUUGAAAGCCUGUCAGAAAAACUUCAAUCAUUUUUAGACAAGAAAACUCAGGCUCUCAAUGAGACUGAUGCUCCAGGAAAGGAUGUUACUGAAGUGUCUCAAUAUAUGCAGGAAACUAGUAUGGCGUUGAUAGAUCAUAAAAAAGAUCUUGAAGUUUUGCAUCAGCUUCUUGAAGAGCUUUCUGUCCAUGGUCUCCCUGGGGACAAAGCAUUGGCUUUAGAAAAGUUAAAUGCCUUGACAAAGAAGUUCAAGGAAGUGGAAGAGACUGUGAAGGAAAAAGAAGAGGAUGUAUCAUCUUGUCAGGAACAAAUGGAUACUUUCAAGCUCCUUGUAGAAUCUUUAAAGAAAUGGAUGAAUGAGACAACAGAUAGGAUUCCAGCUGUGCAACCCUCUUUAAAUACAGAGGAUUUAAAGAAACCAUUGGAAGAUAUUAGGAAAUUAGAAGAGGAAUGGACUUUAAAAGCACCUGAAAUUCAGAAAAUGAAGAGCAGAGGAACAUCAUUAUGUAACCUAAUCAGUGCUGUGACUUCCCCUGCCAAAGGCAGGGCAGCUUCAAAAGCAGGUGGAAUAGUAGUAAAUGGUGAAGGAGCAACUUCAGGUACUCAAGGUUUCCUGACAAAUAAAGAACUGACAGCUGUUCAACAGGCUAUGUCAGAUGUAAAUCACAGUUACGAAGAUAUGGGAGCUUUACUGAAGGAAAAGGUUUCAGAACUGGAAAGCAUGCUUUCAAAGAUGCAAAAUGUUCAAGAAGAAUCAAACUCAGUGAUGCAGUGGCUGCAAAAAAUGGAUAAGGCUGCCACAAGCUGGGAAGCGGCUCCUACUGAUAGUGAAGCUGUUAGAACACAAGUAGAACAACAUAAGCUAUUUGAAACAGAAUUGAAGCAAAGUGAAAAUAAAGUACAGGAGCUGAAGGACAAAGUGACAGAGUUGUUGGAGAAGAAUCCAAAUUCUCCUGAGGCGCCCAAAUGGAAACAGAUGUUGGAUAAAAUAGAUUACAAAUGGAAAGAACUCAAUCAGAUUACAGCUGACAGACGACAAAAUCUCGAAGAGUCCUCAAAUUACCUGACCCAGUUCCAGACAACAGAAGCUCAGUUAAAGCAGUGGCUUAUAGAGAAAGAGCUCAUGGUCAGUGUGCUUGGACCACUGUCAAUUGACCCAAAUAUGCUGAAUACACAGAAGCAGCAGGUCCAGAUUCUGCUUAAGGAGUUUGAUACCAGAAAGCCUCAGUAUGAACAGUUAACCACAGCUGGUCAGGGGAUAUUGAAGAGACCAGGUGAACAUCCUCCCUCUCAUGAAAUUGUGAAAAAGCAACUGGCAGCUGUGGCACAAAAAUGGGACGGUCUAACAGGACAACUGAAUGACAGAUGUGGUCAAAUUGACCAAGCCAUUGUCAAAAGCAAAGAGUAUCAAAGCCUUCUGAGAAGCCUGUCUGAUAAGCUAAGUACCUUGGAUAAUAAACUGAGCAGCACCCUGGCUGUGCGCACACACCCCGAUGCUAUGAAACAGCAGUUGGAAAUGGCUCGAGAAAUGAAGCAGGAAAUAGAACAGGAAAUGAAAAAUAUAAAAGUGGCUCAGACCCUUUGUGAGGAGCUGUCAGCGCUGGUUGGAGAAGACUACUUGAAAGCUGAACUUAUUAGGCAAUUGGAAGGCAUUGUAAAACCAUUUACGGAUAUUGAACAGAAAGCAGCUAAUCACGUUCAGCAACUUCAAUCAGCAUAUGCUACUUCUCAUCAGUUCCAACAAAUGUCUAAGGACUUUCAGACCUGGCUGGACAAAAAGAAAGAAGAACUGAACCAGGCUCAUCCUAUAUCGGCCAACCUUGAGUCCUUGCAGUCCUUAAUUGGAGAGCAGAAAGAUUUUAAGAAGACCUUGUCUGACCAGAUUAGUUCCUAUGAAAAAAUUGUUGCAGAAGGUGAAAGUCUCCUACAGAAGACUCAAGGAGCUGACAGGGCAGAGUUGCAGUCUCAGCUUGGCAUGCUCAAAAGUAACUGGGACGAAAUGAAUAAGCAAAUAAGAGAAAGGCAAGAUAAGUUAAGUACUUGUCUGGAGAAAGCCCUCAAGUACAAAGAACAUGUAGAAAACCUGCAGCCCUGGAUAGAGAAGUGCCAAAAUAACCUGUCUGAAGUAAAGAUUGUCAUAGAUCCUGUCGAAAUAGAGAAUUCUAUUGCUCAGGUGAAGGCCUGGCAAAAGGACUUGGACAAACACCAUAGUAUGGUGGAAUUAUUAAAUAAUGCAGCCGACAGUUUGCUCAAUGCCAGUCAAACAGAUAAAGAAAGCAUUACAGAAGAGAAAGUGGCAUUGAACCAGAAAGUGGAAAUGGUCACAGAACAAUUACAUAGUAAGAGGGAGACCUUGGAAAACAUGGCACAAAAGCUAAAAGAGUUUCAGGAAUCAUCCAGAGAAACCCAAAGGCAACUUAAAAGUGCCAAAGAGCAGCUAGAAGUUCAUGAUGCUCUUGGACCCCAGGCUUGUAGUAACAAACACUUGACAAUGUUGCAGAGCCAGCAGAAAACACUUCAGACUCUAAAGCCUUAUGUGCACUUGGCCAAAAAACUUGCCCAAGAACUGGUGGUAGAAGCUUCCAAUUCAGAAGGUGUUGCUGACCUCUUGUUGCAAGCUGAGUCUUUAGAGCAAGAAUACAGUACAAUCAGCCAGCAGGUUGAAGGCAAGUGUUCAUUCUUAGAGACGAAACUUCAGGGAAUUGGCCAUUUCCAAAACAACAUCAGAGAGAUGUUUUCUCAGUUUGCAGAGUUUGAUGAUGAGCUCGAUAGCAUGGCUCCAGCAGGAAGAGAUCUAGACACUCUGUGGUCACAAAGAGAGGAUAUCAACAAUUUCCUCAAAAAGCUGGAAGAUCUUAUAACAAGUAAUGAAAAUGCCAAUAAAACCUGUAAAAUGAUGUUAGCCACUGAAGCGUCUCCUGAUCUAGUUGGUAUAAAAAGGGACUUAGAGGCUUUAAGUAAACAAUGCAAUAAGUUACUGGACAGAGCAAAAGCCAGAGAGGAACAAGUGGAAGGAAUUAUUAGUCGUAUUGAAGAGUUUUAUAGUAAUUUAAAAGAAUUUUCCAGUCUGCUUGGGGGAGCUGAAGAACAUGAAGAAUCUCAAGGUCCUGUUGGAAUGGAAACAGACAUUAUUAAUCAACAACUGAAUAUAUUCAAGGUAUUCCAGAAAGAAGAGAUUGAACCACUGCAAGUUAAACAACAGGAGGUAAAUUGGCUAGGCCAAGGCCUUAUUCAAAGUGCUGCUAAAAAUGCUAGCACCGAGAAUCUUGAGCAUGACCUUGAAGAUGUUAACACCCGAUGGAAGACUCUCAAUAAGAAGGUUGCUCAACGAGCUGCUCAGCUGCAAGAAGCUCUUCUCCGCUGUGGAAGGUUCCAGGAUGCCCUUGAAUCUCUGCUUAGCUGGCUCAUUGAUACAGAAGAUCUAGUGGCCAAUCAGAAACCCCCAUCUGCUGAGUUCAAAGUUGUGAAGGCCCAGAUACAGGAACAGAAACUUCUCCAAAGGUUACUGGAUGACCGCAGACCUACCGUUGAGGUAAGCAAGCGCGAAGGGGAGAAAAUUGCAGAGUCAGCAGAACCUGCUGAUAAAGUGAAGAUCUUGAAGCAGUUGAGUCUCCUGGAUAGUAGAUGGGAUGCAUUGCUCAGUAAAGCUGAAACAAGGAAUCGUCAGUUGGAAGGUAUCUUAGUGGUAGCACAGCAAUUCCAUGAAACUUUAGAACCCCUGGUUGAGUGGCUGACCACCACUGAGAAAAGGCUUGCAAAUUCUGAACCCAUUGGAACACAAACUUCUAAACUGCAGCUGCAGAUUUCUCAGCAUAAAGCAUUAGAAGAUGACAUCCUUACUCGCAAUAAAAGUUUACAUAUGGCCAUUAGCAUUGGUCAGUCUCUUAAGACUAUGAGCUCCAGAGAGGAUAAAGAUAUGGUGCAGGAAAAGCUAGAUUCUUCCCAAGCCCGAUAUAUUGAGAUUCAAGAGAAGAGUAACAGCUGGUCUGAGCUGCUCCAGCAAGCCUAUUGCAAUGCUCAGAUUUUCGGGGAAGAUGAAGUUGAAUUGAUGAACUGGCUGAAUGAAGUACAUGACAAACUGAGCAAAUUGUCAGUCCAAGAUUACAGGACAGAGUCACUCAUGAAACAACACGCUGACCUGCUGGUGCUUCAGGAAGAGAUUCUGCUCAGAAAACAAAAUGUUGAUCAAGCUAUACAAAAUGGCUUAGAGCUUCUCAAGCAAACAACAGGUGAUGAAGUUGUAAUAAUUCAAGAUAAAUUGGAAGGCAUUAAAGCAAGGUACAAAGAUAUUACUAAAUUGAGUUCUGAUGUAUCCAAGACUUUAGAGCAAGCUCUGCAGCUUGCAGGUCAACUGCAGUCCACUCAUGAGGAACUCUGCAUAUGGCUUGACAAAGUGGAGGUGGAAUUGCUUUCAUAUGAUGCUCAGACCCCCAAGGGAGAAGAAUUAAGCGACGUACAAGAAAGACAAAAAGAGUUGAAAAAAGAAGCAAAGAACAACAAAGGCUUAUUGGACACCCUCAAUGAGGUCAGCAGUGCCUUGCUGGAAUUGGUGCCAUGGAGGGCAAGAGAGGGGUUAGACAAAAUGGUGAUUGAGGACAAUGAGCGGUACAGAUUAGUGAGCGACACGCUAACUCAGAAGGUGGAGGAGAUUGAUGCUGCCAUUCUAAGAUCACAGAAGUUUGAUCAAGCAGCUGAUGCAGAAUUAGCCUGGAUUGCAGAAACAGAAAAAAAAUUGAUGUCUCUGGGUGAUAUUAGGCUUGAGCAAGACCAGACCGCUGCUCAGCUACAAGUUCAAAAGGCAUUUACCAUGGAGAUUUUGAGGCACAAGGAUGCUAUAGAUGAACUUGUUGAAACUGGGGAUGAGAUUAUGAACACAUGCACUGAAGAGGAGAAACAGUCCAUGAAGAGAAAACUGGAAAGCCUCAUACAGAAAUAUGAUAUGGUCUGUCAAAUGAAUGCUGAGAGGAACCUCCAGCUGGAACGUGCUCAAUCCCUGGUUAACCAGUUCUGGGAGACUUAUGAAGAGCUUUGGCCGUGGUUAACCGAAAUAGAAAUGGUCAUCUCGCAGCUUCCUGCUCCAGCUCUUGAAUAUGAAACUUUAAAGCAACAGCAAGAAGAGCAUCGGCAACUGCGUGAGCUGAUUGCUGAACACAAGCCUCAUAUAGAUAAGAUGAACAAAACUGGCCCUCAGUUGUUGGAGUUGAGCCCAGGAGAAGGUUUUUGUAUCCAAGAGAAAUACGUGGCGGCUGACACCCUUUACAGUCAAAUUAAAGAAGAUGUCAAAAAGCGAGCGCUGGCACUGGAUGAAGCCAUUUCUCAGUCUACUCAGUUUCAUGACAAGAUAGAUCCAACCCUCGAGAGUCUGGAACGCAUAGUUGAACGUCUGAGGCAGCCACCUUCAAUCUCAGCUGAGGUUGAGAAGAUUAAAGAGCAGAUCAGUGAAAAUAAGAAUGUGUCAGUAGAUCUGGAAAAACUUCAGCCCGUGUACGAGACACUCAAACAGCGUGGGGAGGAAAUGAUAGCUCGCUCAGAGGGAGCUGAUAAGGAUAUAUCUGCUAAAGCUGUUCAGGAUAAAAUUAAACAAAUGGUCUUCAUCUGGGAAGACAUCCAGGCCUUGACUGAGGAAAGGGAGGCCAAAUUGCUGGAUGUGAUGGAGCUGGCUGAAAAGUUCUGGUGUGAUCACAUGGCUCUUGUAGUCACUAUUAAAGAUACUCAGGAUUUCAUCCGAGAACUGGAGGGACCUGGAGUUGACCCCUCUGUGGUCAAACAACAGCAAGAGGCUGCAGAGGCUAUCCGAGAAGAAGUUGAUGGACUGCAGGAAGAACUCGAUAUGGUGGUAAACUUAGGUUCUGAACUUAUAGCUGCUUGUGGAGAGCCUGACAAGCCUAUUGUCAAUAAGAGCAUAGAUGAGCUGAAUUCAGCUUGGGAUACUCUAAACAAAGCAUGGAAAGAGCGGAUAGACAAACUUGAUGAAGCCAUGCAAGCUGCUGUUCAGUACCAAGAUGGACUGCAGGCAAUAUUUGACUGGGUAGAUAUUGCUGGCAGUAAAUUAGCUUCAAUGUCACCAGUUGGAACAGAUCUAGAAACAGUGAAGCAGCAAACUGCAGAACUGAAGCAAUUUAAGAUGGAGGCUUAUCAGCAGCAAAUAGAAAUGGAAAGGCUAAAUCAUCAAGCAGAACUGUUGUUGAAGAAGGUUACAGAAGAAAGUGACAAGCACACAGUUCAAGAACCCCUCUCAGAGCUCAAACUGAUGUGGGUCAAUCUAGAGGAGAAAAUUAUUAACAGACAGCACAAGCUGGAGGGUGCCUUGUUAGCUUUGGGGCAGUUCCAACAUGCCCUGGAUGAAUUACUGACAUGGCUGACGCACACAGAAGACCUGCUGAAUGAACAGAAACCUGUGGGCGGAGACCCCAAGGCUAUUGAAAUUGAACUUGCCAAACAUCAUGUGCUACAAAAUGAUGUGUUAGCUCAUCAGUCCACUGUGGAAACAGUUAAGAAAGCAGGAAAUGACCUGAUUGAAUCAAGUGCUGUUGAAGAAGCAAGCAAUCUACAGAGCAAGUUGGAACUUUUGAAUCAGCGCUGGCAAAAUGUGUUGAAAAAAACAGAACAAAGGAAACAGCAGCUGGACAGUGCCUUGAUCCAGGCCCAAGGUUUCCAUGGUGAAGUUGAAGAUAUGCAGCAAUGGCUGACAGACACCGAACGUCAGCUGUUGGCAUCAAAACCUGUUGGAGGUUUACCAGAAACUGCAAGAGAGCAGCUUAAUACCCACAUGGAACUCUGUGCUGCCUUUGAAGCCAAAGAAGAGACAUACAAGCACCUGAUGCAGAAAGGCCAGCAGAUGCUUGCAAGAUGCCCAGGGUCUGCUGAGACAAAUGUUGAGCAAGAUAUAAAUAACUUAAAAGUAAAAUGGGACUCAGUACAAACAAAACUCAGCGAAAGAAAGGCCAAACUGGAAGAAGCCCUGAAUUUGGCUAUGGAGUUCCACAACUCACUUCAAGACUUCAUCAACUGGCUUACCCAGGCAGAGCAGACUUUGAAUGUGGCUUCUCGGCCAAGUCUUAUCUUAGACACUGUCUUGUUUCAAAUUGAUGAACACAAGGUCUUUGCUACAGAAGUGAAUUCUCACCGAGACCAGAUCAUAGAGCUGGAUAAAACUGGAACCCAUCUGAAAUAUUUCAGCCAGAAACAGGAUGUUGUCCUUAUUAAGAAUCUGCUGAUUAGUGUACAGAGUAGAUGGGAAAAAGUGGUUCAGCGCUUAGUGGAAAGAGGAAGAGCUUUGGAUGAUGCAAGGAAACGAACGAAACAGUUCCAUGAAGCCUGGAACAAACUUAUGGCAUGGUUGGAAGAGUCAGAAAAGUCAUUGGAUUCAGAGCUCGAAAUUGCAAAUGAUCCAGACAAAAUAAAGAUGCAGCUUACACAGCAUAAGGAGUUCCAGAAAUCUCUUGGAGCCAAGCAUUCUGUGUAUGACACCACAAAUAGGACUGGACGCUCCCUCAAAGAGAAAACCUCUCUGGCGGAUGACAAUUUGAAACUGGACGAUAUGCUGAGUGAGCUCAGAGACAAAUGGGAUACAAUCUGUGGAAAAUCUGUGGAAAGACAAAACAAACUGGAGGAAGCCCUGUUAUUUUCAGGACAAUUUACUGAUGCUCUGCAGGCUCUCAUCGACUGGCUAUAUAAAAUUGAACCUCAGUUGGCAGAAGAUCAGCCAGUGCAUGGAGACAUCGAUUUGGUGAUGAACCUGAUUGAUAAUCACAAAGUCUUCCAGAAGGAGCUGGGGAAGAGGACAAGCAGUGUCCAGGCUCUGAAACGCUCUGCUCGAGAACUCAUAGAAGGCAGUCGUGAUGACUCCUCCUGGGUAAAGGUCCAAAUGCAGGAGCUAAGCACUCGCUGGGAGACGGUCUGCGCCCUCUCCGUAUCCAAGCAAACACGACUGGAACAGGCCCUACACCAGGGAGAGGAAUUUCACGCUGUUGUGCAUGUUCUUUUGGAGUGGCUGGCUGAGGCAGAGCAGGCCCUUCGUUUCCAUGGAAUCCUCCCAGAUGAUGAAGAGGCUCUACGGACACUAAUUGAUCAGCACAGGGAAUUCAUGAGGAAGUUGGAGGACAAAAAGGCAGAACUAAAUAAAGCAGCAGGUAUGGGAGAAGCCAUCCUGGCUAUCUGCCACCCAGACUCCAUCACUACCAUUAAGCACUGGAUAACAAUCAUCAGAGCCAGAUUUGAAGAGGUAUUAGCAUGGGCAAAGCAACAUCAGCAGAGACUGGCAGGAGCCCUUGCUGGACUUAUUGCUAAGCAGGAAUUGUUGGAAGCCUUAUUGUCCUGGUUGCAGUGGGCAGAGACUACUCUUAGUGAAAAAGAUAAAGAGGUCAUCCCCCAGGAGAUCGAGGAUGUUAAAGCACUCAUAGCUGAACAUCAGACGUUUAUGGAGGAAAUGACCAGAAAACAGCCUGAUGUGGAUAAAGUCACAAAGAUCUACAAAAGGAAGGCAGUUGAACCCACUCCAAUACAGUCUCAUAUUCCUGUGCUAGAUAAAGGGAGAACAGGAAGAAAACGUUCCCAAGCAGCAGGCAUGUAUCCAUCAGGAACACAGACACAAAUUGAAACCAAGAAUCCAAGGAUAAACCUAUUAGUCAGCAAAUGGCAGCAAGUCUGGCUUCUGGCCUUGGAAAGAAGAAGAAAAUUGAAUGAUGCUUUGGAUAGACUAGAAGAGCUGAGGGAAUUUGCCAACUUUGAUUUUGAUAUCUGGAGGAAAAAGUAUAUGCGAUGGAUGAAUCAUAAGAAAUCUCGAGUAAUGGACUUCUUUAGGAGGAUUGAUAAAGAUCAGGAUGGAAAGAUAACGAGGCAGGAAUUUAUUGAUGGGAUUCUUUCUUCAAAAUUCCCUACCAGCCGACUUGAAAUGAGUGCAGUGGCAGAUAUCUUUGACAGAGAUGGUGAUGGGUACAUUGACUACUAUGAAUUUGUAGCAGCACUUCAUCCAAACAAGGAUGCAUACAAGCCUCUGACAGAUGCUGACAAAAUUGAAGAUGAGGUUACAAGGCAGGUAGCUAAAUGUAAAUGUGCAAAACGAUUCCAGGUGGAGCAGAUUGGGGAUAACAAGUACAGGUUCUUCCUGGGAAAUCAGUUUGGUGACUCUCAACAGCUGCGUCUUGUUCGCAUCUUGCGAAGUACAGUAAUGGUUCGUGUUGGAGGUGGCUGGAUGGCACUGGAUGAAUUCUUAGUAAAAAAUGAUCCCUGCAGGGUUCAUCAUCAUGGGAGUAAAAUGUUACGUUCGGAAUCAAACUCUUCAAUUACCACUCAGCCUACCAUAGCUAAAGGGAGGACAAACAUGGAGCUGCGUGAAAAGUUCAUUUUGUCAGAUGCUGCAAGUCAGAACGUGGCUGCUUUCCGUCCAAGAGGUCGUAGAUCACGACCUUCUUCAAGGGGUGCUUCUCCCAACAGAUCUGCUUCUAUAUCAAGUCAGGCUGGCCAGGGAGCUUCACCACAAGCAGUUGCUACAAGUACACCCAAGACACCCCAUCAUUUAACACGCAAUUAUGGUAAACCAUGGUUGACAAACAGCAAAACGUCAACUCCUUCUAAACCAUCAGAGUCCUCAGAAUAUCAAGGGUCAUCUUCAGAGGGAACACCAAUACAAGGGAGUAAACUUAGACUGCCAGGAUAUCUGUCAGGGAAAGGUUUCCACUCUGGAGAAGACAACAGCCUAAUAUCAACAGCAGCUACCAGAGUUAGAGCGCAGUUUGCAGACACCAGAAGGACUCCAAGUAGACCUGGAAGCCGAGCAGGAAGCAAGGCUGGCAGUAGGUCAAGUAGCCGCCGAGGCAGUGAUGCAUCUGACUUUGACAUUUCAGAAAUCCAGUCUGUGUGUUCAGAUAUGUCAGAGACUGUUCACAAUGCAAGCAGACCACAGCCCCGAGCAGGAUCUCGGCUAGCCUCAGGCAAGCCUUCCAAAAUUCCAACUCCCCAAAGGAGGCCACCAGUCAGCAAAUUGGACAAGUCCUCCAAGAGAUAAUGUGAUCAGCUCCAUAAAGGUCUUUGCCUUGUGCAUUAAAUAUUUAAGUUUGUAAGAUGUAAAAUAUUAUGUAGAAAUUAUUGUGAAAUAUUGCAAGAGGUGGAUUUUUAAUUCUGCAGAUGGCCUUAUUUGUGUAUUUGUCCUUUUAUUUUGUGUGUAUAAUUUUUGUCAGAUUUUGUUUGUUUGUUUAUGCCAUAUCCUAUGUGAAGGGGGAAAGAGUUUUAAUGUAAACUAACAAUUGUACACAGUAAUGUGUAGAAAGUACACUAAAACAAUUCCCAAAUGUGCAGUGUACUGAAUGUACAGUCAAGUCUCUGCAACCUCAGUCAAAUAGGCCUAUCACUCCAUCAUUAAUUAACAGGAAAGGAUACCUCAUGAUUUUUCUUUAAAAAAAUAAAAUAAAAAGCCAAAAGACACAAUUACACAUUUUGAAUUAACUAAACGAACACUAAAUGAUGUAUGUCAGACUUACUAAGAAUAAAAAACACAUUCACACUACAAUUAUUUAUGCAGCAUCUCUUGGAGAACUCACAGAAAGUUACUUAAGCACUUGCCAGUCAUACAAUACUCCAAUAUCUUGCAGCAUUUCUGUGCCAUUGCUUUAAAUGAGGCCAGACACACUCUGGGUAUUAGAACUACUAUACUGUAAGAAUUCAAUAUAAAGUGCAUUCAUGUAAAUGUGAGGUUUUCUUUUGCUUGAGUGGACGGUAGCACUGUAUCAUUGAACUCAUUUUGUAUCAAAGCAAUUUUGCUUGCAGAAAGCUAUGAAAUAAAACAUGUCCCUUAA